AUGCCGACGACGUCGCGGGGUUGCAAACAUUUGGUGGCAUUUAAAAGAUGUCAGAUGCGAAAAGUGUCUCACAGUUUAGUGUUUUCCAAAGUGGUGCUGGUGAUAUUGAACAGCUCCAGUUCUGAAGGCAAUUCUGAUAACAAAGGAAAGCCCGAGAAAGUGCAAUGUGGGACGCGCACAGUCAACUUCAAUCCGAGGAGGACUGGGAAGAUAGUUGGUGGCACCGAGACACCCUACGGAGCUUAUCCUUGGCAGGUGGAGAUACAGAUGCUCGAUCCCGAUAAGUUGACGUUUGAACACCACUGUGGGGGCGCUGUGAUCGCAGAGAGACUAGUCCUGUCUGCAGCUCAUUGCUUCGAUAAGCAACCCCUCCACCUGGAUCAGAUUAGAGUAGUGGUGGGCGAGCACAGGCUAAAGGUCCAGGACAAGCAUGAGCACCGGUUCCUCGCGGAGAGGGUGGUUCUGCAUCCUGAUUUCAGGAAGAAUGGCCCGCACAGCAACGACAUCGCCCUGUUGCUGGUCUCCAGGUCCGGUAACGGGGUCCAGUUCAACACCCACGUCCGCCCGAUCUGCCUGCCCGACGCUGACGCCGAGGCUGGAAGCUGGUGCUCCGUCAGCGGCUGGGGCUACCAGGCAGAGGGCACGGAGACCUUCUCACCAAUCCUGAGAGCUGCUGAGGUACCGUUGAUGGACUUGGAUACAUGCAGGAAGAAUCAGGUGCUGGGUGGACGGCAGCAACCGAUUUUGGACUCUAUGAUCUGUGCAGGCAUUCUGUCUGGUGGCGUGGACGCCUGUCGGGGCGACUCUGGUGGUCCGUUAGCGUGCCGCACCGAGGGCCGCUGGGAGCUGCAGGGGGUCGUCUCCUGGGGGUCCGGGUGCGCCCGCCGCGCCCGCCCGGGCGUCUACACCCGCGUGGCCUCCUACGUCGACUGGAUACAAAGCACCGCAUCCGGCCUCGGCCACAAAAUCAUU